UCAACUAUCAAGAAUUGAGGAGAAGAGAAGGUGGAAGAUGGUGGAAGCAAGGCCCAGGCGGACUCUACGAUGGCCAGAUUGGCGGCUGUCUGUUUGCCUGCUGCUUUUCUGUACGUUUGGGAACGCGGUGGGCCGCAAAGCUUCCAAAAUCCCACGAUGUCCGGCCACCUGCUCCUGUACUAAAGACAGUGCCUUCUGCGUGGACACCAAAGCCAUUCCCAAGAGCUUCCCACCAGGAAUCAUCUCGCUGACUAUGGUGAACGCCGCAUUCACGGAGAUUCCUGAAGGAGCUUUUUCCCACAUGAACCUACUUCAUUUUCUGCUGUUGAACUCAAACACAUUCUCUCUGAUUUCUGAUGAUGCUUUUGCUGGACUUGGACAUCUGCAAUACCUAUUUAUUGAGAACAACGACAUCCAAACCCUGUCAAAGCACACGUUCAGAGGACUGAAGUCUCUGACACAUCUGUCUAUAUCCAACAACAACCUGCAAGUUCUUCGAGAUCUCUUCAAACACCUGGACAUCCUCACAGAUCUAGACCUGCGAGGGAACUCGUUUCGUUGUGACUGUAAGAUUAAAUGGUUGGUUGACUGGAUGGAGAAGACCAACACCUCUGUUCCAGCCAUAUACUGCGCCAGUCCUUUUGAGUUCCAGGGUCGACGCAUCCACGACCUCACGCCACGCGACUUCAACUGCAUAAGUGCAGAUUUUGCAGUAUAUGAGGUGUACUCGUUCCAGUCUAUGUCUGUGGAGUCAUACGAGUUUAACAAUGACCAGUACACAGUUUUCGCUCAGCCCAACACAGGAAUCUGCACCGUGUUCAUUUGGGAUCAUGUGAACAUGCUUUUCAAGACACAUUACAACAUCACAUCUCGUUCUGCUGUCUACUGCAAACCAGUGGUUAUUAACAACACUCUCUACAUGGUUGUGGCUCAGCUCUUUGGAGGAUCACACAUCUACAAAUGGGAGGAAGGCCCAUUGCGUUUCGUCAAAAUCCAGGACAUCGACACCACCCGUGUCCGUAAACCCAACUUCAUCGAGACUUUCCAGAUCGAAGGCGACUGGUAUUUCGCUGUAGUCGACAGCUCCAAAGCCGGUUCCACCAGCCUGUACCGCUGGAACAGUAACGGUUUUUACUCACACCAGUCUCUCCAUGCCUGGCACAGAGACACACACAUCGACUUCCUCGAGAUGGACGGCAAACCUCGCCUCAUCCUGUCCAGCUCCUCGCAGCCCCCGGUGGUGUAUCAGUGGAACCGCAGCCAACGCCAGUUCCUCUACCACUCGCAGAUUACAGACUCAGGCGAUGUGCAGAUGGUGAAGCACUUCUGGUUGCGAAAAGUGCUGUAUCUCUGCCUCACGCGCUUCAUUGGCGACUCGAAGAUCCUGCGCUGGGACAACCAGCGCUUCGUGGAGAUCCAAACCCUGCCGUCACGCGGCUCGAUGGCCGUGUAUCCGUUCAGCGUCGGGGUGAGGCAGUACCUUCUGCUGGGGAGCGACUAUUCCUUCUCUCGGAUCUAUCUGUGGGACGACCUCACUCAAAGGUUCCUGCCCUUUCAGGAACUGAACAUGCUGGCGCCUCGAGGGUUCAGUCUGGUGUCUAUUGACAAUAAGGAUAUUCUGUUAGCGGCCAGUUUUAAAGGAAAGACCAUGGCGUACCAGCAUCUCGUGGUGGACCUCAGUGCCAAAUAGUAGACGUUUAACUGGGGCUUAAAUGUCAAGAACUGCAACAUUUCCACCCCUUUUCUCCAUCUGCUUUCACACAUGAAUUGAUUCUGUCAUCAUUGCUAAAUACACUCACACAUUAGUUACUAUAAGAGGAAGCUAUCCUAAAGUGAUAGUUGAUUUAACUCCCAUGAUUUACUCACCCUCAAGUCAUCCUAGGUGUGUAUUAGAGCCCGAUCGAUAAAGGAUUUUGAAGGCAGAUACU